AUGGUUGCCACCGUCGGAAAGCCUGCUCCUGCCUUCAAGGCCACUGCUGUUGUAGAUGGCGACUUCAAGACCGUAAGCCUCGAUGACUACAAGGGAAAGUAUGUCGUCCUCUUCUUCUACCCCAUGGACUGGACCUUUGUGUGCCCCACAGAGAUUAUCGCCUUCUCUGAGCGCAUCCAGGAGUUCCGCGACAUUGGCGUGGAGGUCGUCGGAGCGAGCGUGGACUCCCCCUUCUCCCACCUGCAGUGGAUCAACACCCCCCGCAACAAGGGUGGGCUGGGCGGCCUGAACUACCCCCUGCUGGCAGACCUGACCAAGUCCAUCUCCGCCGACUACCAGGUCCUCAUCGAGGAGGGUGAGAACGCCGGCGUGGCCCUGCGCGGCCUCUUCAUCAUCUCCCCCGAGGGCAUCCUCCGCCAGAUCACUGUCAACGACCUGCCCGUGGGCCGCUCCGUGGACGAGACCUUGCGCCUGCUCAAGGCCUUCCAGUUCACAGACAAGCACGGUGAGGUGUGCCCAGCUAACUGGAAGGAGGGCGAGGACACCAUUAAGCCCAGCCCCAAGGCCUCCCUCGAGUACUUCUCCAAGCAGUAA